UUGCAGAUGCAUUAUGGGAAAAAAAUUCCGGAUAUAAAUUUCAGGAAGUAAUGUUACUGCCCAAAAAAUAGAAUUUACACGUUUUUAAAACUUUUCAAAAGUUGUUAUGUAUCCAUAUUUGAUAACCACUUACUGAUGUCACACGCAGUGCGCGCAGAUUCCAAAUAAGGAAGUUGCGAGGUCUCCGUUCAGGAACUGGAGAUUUUGUGAUUAGGUAUUGUAUUCAUCGCUAUUCUGCCCUUCAUCCUCAUCCUGCUUAUAAUCUUGUCUACAUGUCGGACUAUUAUAUACUCCCAGCUCCCUUUCACCAUGGAGAAUACUAUGUCCAAAGUGAAAAGACGGUUAAGCAUGCCUUUCAAGAUUGGCAAGAAGCGACCUUCAGGGUCGUCGUCCUCGGAUACCGCACCAGCUAUGAACAUUGGGCCCCCAACAGCUGUGAAACACAAUUUUCAUGUAGGUUUUAAUGCAACUACUGGAGAUUUCGAGGGGCUCCCACCAGCAUGGACUGCUCUACUUCAGUCUUCCAAUAUAUCGAAAGCUGACCAAGCAGCUAAUCCAGAAGCAGUAAUCAAUUCACUGCGGACCUUCACAAAGUCUGUCAAGAAAAAACCUGGAGAGGGCAAGUUUAUGAAAGUGCAGGAGUCUAUUGCUGAAUCUGAUGAUGAUCUCGAUUAUAGCGAUGACGAUACCAAACGCAGCAGUAAGAAAUCAGAUGAGGAGAUGCCCCCUGUACCCCAUAAUGUGGAAUCACCAGUUUUUGAGAGAACCCCCUCAGAAGCUGAGCAUAAGACAGAUCUUGUUGAUGGAAUGAACAAGGUUACUCUCGACAACGAAAAAGACGAUGAACCACCGGCUGAAGUCAUCCAGCGACGACCAAAAUCUCAGAAGAAAAACAUGUCGGACGACGAAAUCAACGAGGGCCUUCGGUCACUUGCUUCACCAGGCGAUCCCACCUCAAAGUACACGGUGUCAAAGAAACUUGGGGCUGGUGCAUCUGGUUGUGUGUACAUGGCUAAACCUAAAGAGGGCGAUGCGGUAGUAGCCAUAAAGUCCAUGGACCUCACCAACCAACCCAAGAAAGAACUGCUUAUAACAGAGAUUGAGGUCAUGAAAACCUACAGGCAUCAAAACAUUGUCAACUUCCUAGAUUGUUACUUCCUGUCCGAGAAAAGUGAAUUAUGGGUAGUGAUGGAAUACCUUGAUGGUGGUGCGCUGACUGAUGUUGUCACGGAAACCAUAAUGAAUGAAGGACAGAUUGCUGCUGUAACCCGCGAGUGUCUGCAAGCUCUGAACUAUUUGCACUCAAAGGGUAUUAUACAUAGGGAUAUUAAAAGUGACAAUGUAUUAUUAGGAAUGAAUGGGUCUGUCAAGCUGACUGAUUUUGGCUUCUGUGCUCAGCUAAGUGGAGAUAACUCUAAACGACAGACGAUGGUAGGCACUCCAUACUGGAUGGCUCCGGAAGUCGUAUCAAGGAAACACUAUGGGAAAAAGGUGGAUGUUUGGUCUAUGGGAAUCAUGAUCAUUGAAAUGUUAGAAGGUGAGCCCCCAUAUUUGAAUGAGACCCCACUGAAGGCUAUCUACCGAAUAGCCACCAAGGGAAAACCGGAAAUUAAGAAUUUCGAAAAGCUGUCGAAAUUACUUCAGAAUUUCAUUGACCGGACAUUGGAAGUGGAGGUGGAUACAAGAGCAGACACUGAUGAACUCCUGCUGCACGAUUUCAUGAAAUGUGCGAAAGACCUCAAAACACUCAGGCCGUUAAUCGUAGCUGCUAAGCAAGCUACCGGGCACUAGUUUACGUAUAUGCAUAGAAGUACUAGUUAAUUGUUUGAAUUUUGACACCGAAGUAGGAAAUUUUGUACACAAAUUGAAAAGUGUGUAUGUUUAUCUAUGUGCAAGUGUACUGUGUGUGUCUGCAGUUGUGGAACUAUUACAGAAUUGUGUUUGUCUGCUUCUACGAAAGAGUUGGCAUGGUCCUUGUGUUAAUUCAUUGGUAUUAUAUAAAUGUAGUGUAACAAACAGGAUACAAAACUAUACCACAUGUAUUAAAAUGUAGCAAUAUUCAUGUGAAUUAAAAGAUAUAUAGAAAGAGGUCUCAAACUGUAAUGUUUAAAUGGGUUUGAGACUGUGUAAAAACGCUUCUUCUGUCUCUAUGCUUAAAGAAAAGUCAGUUACGCAAAAAAAAAAUGUUUAUCAAAGAUAAGUUUCCCGUUUUGUAUGCUAAUAUCUCGUACUCUUGCUGUUGUACCCAAUUGGAAAGUGUGUGUUGUGUCAUUACAAGGGAUUUAACAAAUGUUCUUGAAAAGGUUUUGGAGUUCCGUAUUAAUUUUUUUCUGCUAUGUAACAUUCUAGAUGUCACAUGAGAGCAUCUUUAAGAAAAUCAUGUUAAAAUUUAUAAAGUUUUCGAGUCCAAGUAUAAAAGUUGUGUCAUGAUUUGAUAAUUUAAUAGAAGGCACACUCAAUAACAACAUUCCCUACUUGAUCUCAUGAGUGAAGACUGUGUGUGCUUGAUUGAUAUGAAUGUGGGUUUUUUGUCACACUCUAUGACCUUUACUGAUUCGUAACCGAACUUGUACAAAACUUGACUGCUCUGAAACAUACCAUUAGUUUUGUACAGUUUAUCGUGGGAGAAAGCAUUGGGAAACAUUCUCAAAAAUUUUUACUCUUUCAUUCAAAAAUACUUGAAAGUUGAAGCUAUUUCUCUCAGGGUCAUUAGGAAGCAGAUUGACCGAGUAGUGUGUGAAUGUUAUAGUCAUGUGAUCAGGUCAUGUGAUGUGUGGUGUAUUGCUCUGUUGAUUUACAGAUAAUCACAAUUAUGUCGCUACUUUCCAUUCAUUUUUGUAUUAUUGUUGAUAGACUUUUAUUUGCUGAAUCUAUUUUUCUACAUAUUUAUCUAUAGAUAUAUAUAUAUAUGUUAAAAAUUCUGUCACAAACAUUCCUGUUUAUUCCUGAGGAUAAUAUAUGUAUAUUCGUCACGUUUCAUGUUUAUAGAUUCGUAAGUUCACUGAUUUUUCUAAGUGCUGUGUUAGUGUGCAGAGUUGGGAUAGGACUAAAACUGAAUUACAUAGGAUAGGGAUUUCCUUUCUAUCUGUCCAGGCCAUUAGGGUGGACAAAUCAUGUGCUUAGUAUUUCUAUGUAUUUGAAAUAAUGCAACAAUACCUUUUUUUUUGCAAAGAACCUUUAGAAUUCAGUUAUGUAUGAACAGUUUAUAAUUGAUCUUGAUUGAAACAAUUUACAUGUAGCUGAAAUCACACUGAUAUACAUGUUCAUUGUUACAGAAGGGAAGUCUCUGUUAUUUGUUAUUCAUACCCAAAGGGAAAUGUAUGAUACGCAAGUUCAGAAAUCAGAGCACCAGCUAACACUAGCGGUGGUGAUGUAAACAUGUUAUGUGUUUCUAGUUAUUAAUUGUAAGUACAUAAUGUCAAAAUUAUUCUGAACAGGAAAUAAAGGCUAUAUUUUCACUUUACAGUGACGUAUUUAUGUUAAUCAGGUUGACUUCCAUCUAAAACCAGGAAUCACUUUACACAUACUUCAUUUUGUGAUGAUUCUAGAAGGGGAAGUAAUCCUCAUUCUAUAAAGGGCAACAACUCUGAUUUACUAACUAAGCUAUUGAUGUGUAUAAUUAAUAAAUUCUUGCAAUAAA